AUGGAGCUUCGAUCUUAUGGUUCACAAGUAAGUUGUUCACAAAAUCUUGUCCCACAUUUUACUUAUAUUGGGUAUCUUUUCCAGUUUCUUGCUGAUUUGCGCUAUCACUUGACGAAAACGGCUUAUAUGAGCAGUACGGAGUCUUGCUGCACUCCAGCAGUAUUGUUUCGAGCAUCAAGCAUACCAAAGAUCGUAUCGAAACUGGUAGCAGAAACAAAAAGGAGUGCACGUAUCGGUCAUGCUAAGGACCACAUACUCGAUGAAUCAAAAUUUGUUGGAAGGCAGACCGACAUGAAUCUCGUUGUGCAUAUAGGUUCCUAUAGUUCAGUACGUAAACGCAGAAUUAAUCUCCAUGAAGUGAUAGAUGUAAGAAGAUGA